AGCAUAGCAAAAUAUUUAAGAAUUAAACGGUCAGCAUAAUUUUUUCAGUCAAACAAUUCUAAUUCACGAAAUAUUGCUUCCUGGACAGAAAAUACUCGCUGGACCGCUUUAUUUUGCAACCGCUGAAUAAUUGUUUACAUCGGGAUAAAUCACAUUAUACUCUUAAAUAAAACUUAAAUCUACGAAAUAAAGAAGAAACAUGUCUACGCCAAAUAACGAAAAUGGUAGCGGCAAUUUAAUGGACGAAUUUGAAGAAGCGUUUCAGUCCUGUCUGCUUUCGCUAACCAAACAAGAACCCAACUCCGGCACGAACAAAGAGGAAAUUGAGUUGGAAGUGCAAAAGACAACAAAUCGCUUUAUUGAUGUGGCUCGCCAAAUGGAAGCAUUCUUUCUGCAAAAGCGAUUCCUUGUCUCCACUCUGAAGCCGUAUAUGCUUAUCAAGGACGAGAAUCAAGAUCUAAGCAUUGAGAUACAACGUAAGGAGGCGCUGUUGCAGAAGCAUUAUAAUCGCUUGGAGGAGUGGAAGGCUUGUUUAUCCGACAUACAACAAGGCGUGCACACUCGUCCUGGCCCGGCCAUGAUGCCAGGCCCAUGUCCCGGCGGUAUGCCACCUCUAGGUGGACCGGGACCACGUCCCGGCCUAAUGAGCGGUAUGCCAUCCGGUCAAAUGCCUGGAAGCCAGCAGCAUUUAUUGCAGGCCCAACAAAUGCAAAUGCGUAUGAUGGGCAAACUACCGCCUAAGUGAUUAUUAUUAUACAUAUGUAGAAUAUAAUUUAUGGAUUAAGUCAUACAAACCUUUAAUAAACAACACUCAAAUGCUGCCGAAAA